AUGCUUUCGGUAUGGAUGCAGCAAUCGGCGAUUAAAUUUUUCAAGACUUCGGACCGAAACACGGUCCUACUUGCCCUGAAAUCGCAGAGGAAGUUCUGGCUGUCUUUUCCAGCAGUCAUGACCGCGCUGACUCUCCCAAGACCUCCCAUCGGUGACGCAAACUCAAUUAUUUCCGUUACGCGAGAAUUGGUUUCAAAUUACUCGCUGCUUACCGCCGCUCUCGUCAAAUUUGACCACGAAACUCUUCAGCUCGCGCUGACCAGUCAUACCGAGCAAGAGGAAGAGCUUGCCCUCUUCUCUAUCGAAUGCUUAUAUGUAUGGCUAGAUUUGCUGUACAUAGAAGAGCGGGAAACUUCUACAGGCGAACAUGUAGAUGGCGCAUCGUCUUGGACAAGCAGCGAAAUGUCGAAACUUCUAUGCUCUCCUUUGAUCGUGGCGCAUGGCAACAGUACACAGUGGAUCAGCGCAUUUGCCUGUGAUCUAGCGUCAUUUGCCAAUACCCCAGAGCUGAGACUACGCGACUUGACUCUUGUCACCUGCAUUAUUAGCGACUGUGCCGCUGCAGACUAUCGAAGAAACGACGCAGCUCUUGCCGAAUCAACCACGAGUUGCGCUGCCAAAGGCAUCCAGCACAUUCGAGAAACGUGGCUGACGCUCUCUGAGGCCCUAUCUACAAUCAUCGAAAAGAACAUAUCGAUUCUGAGCAGUGAGAUGGCAAAUCGCCUCUUUCGUGCCCUGUCCAAAAUGUUCUCCCUCAUUUGCCAAUCGGACAACCGAGGUGAACGAAGCCAGGCCGAUGGUAUUGAUCUUUUGAUCGAAAGCUAUAGGGUUAAAUAUCCCGAGGCAACACCCGAAAUGCUGUUGAAAACCGCGCCCUGGGAAUGGAGACUCGGAGUACUAUCCAAGCUCAUCCAGUCGGGGCUGAUGAAGCUCCGAGUCAUGGCUGUCAAUAUAUUGUGUGGCUAUUUGACCGACGUUUGGACUCAAGAAGAGGCGACUCUGGAUGGUCGUCAAUUUUUAUGUCAGCUGGGCCAUAUUGUCGACAAUGAACUCACUGGCUACAUCGUGAGCCCGUCAUGCCAUCCCGAAAUUAUUGUCGCCAGCACUAGUAUCAUGGUGUUUCUGGCUUUAUCGGACGCGAACACAAAGCCCCUCCUCGACCGAGUGUGGCGCUCCAUUGGGUCUAGUGAAGACCAACGAGUGGCUGAUGCUAUCACACGCGUCGCGAUUCAUACUCUUUCUGUACUGCGGUACAAUCACCUAGUAUAUCUUUGUGAGAAGUUUGACGAAGUCGAGCUGGGGGACUUCUCGCCUUUACUGCGAAGCCUUUGGGAAAGCUUGCUCAGCAAUAUGGUGUCUAAGGCGCAAGUAGCUAGCCGGCCCCUCACGGCACAUCCCUUUCUCUCGAUUUUGCGGGUAUUGAGAGAGAUGCCGACUUGCGAUAAUGGCGCGAACUUUACAUAUCCUGAUCUCCAUAAGGUGGCCGUGCAGCGAGUUCGAGAGCUACUGCAAUACGGGUUGGAAGCGGACGUUCGAAAGCAGCUCUACGCUAAUUGCGCCCAGCAUCUGGCAUCUGAUUCACAAAAUCGGCUCGGCAGCCUUUGGUUUAUUUCUAUUUGCAUGCGACCGGCUAUCGUCAAUGAGCUUCAGCAUCUCACCGACGCUCAUGACAUUGUCCGCGUGGUGGUGGAAGAUUUGGAAUCUGCAGUCCAUACCGCAUGUGAUCUAUCCACGGUCGUCUUGGCUGGCCCUGCAAAUUACGCUCGUCGAGAUUUGAUCUCGCAAAUUAUCCAUUUCCAGCCUAAAUCAAUAACUGAAGAGCUGGGCACCAGGCUCUGGGAGGUGUUGGUUGGCGCCAAGGCGCGAAAUACCGCUGACAGAGUCGCAGCUUGGCAAACAAUAUCCACAGUCGGGAAUAAUAGCAGCUUUCAGAAUCCGUUCCUGCAGGCUUGCUUUUCAAAGCAUCUCCCGAAUCUGUCCGCCAGUUGGUAUUGUGAAGGGAUGCUCAACUUUGUCAGAGAGAAUGUCCUCUUGCUAGUCAACCACCAUGACGAGUUCAAUCUCGACCAUGAAGAGCUUGUCGCUAAGAGUGGCAUUGAACAUCUCUGGCGUAUUAUACUCUCUUCCCAUGAUGAGAACAUCGCCCAGCCUGCCAUGAUCUUGCUCGCGUCUGGUGUAUAUUUGGAGAGCAAAACAAUUGCGGCCUGUACUGUGAACAGGGCCCAGAGUAUCCAUCUUAAACUCGUUCGUCAGUGUCUGAAGCUCAUGCGCGAAGCUAGACAUGCUUUACAGGCUGCUCCAAUCGACGGCGAUGCAGAUGACGACUCGCUUGUUGUGGUUGAACCUGAGCGUGAGAUGGUGCAGAGGAAGCGUGAAUUUCUGCGCACCUUGAGACUACUCCAGUAUUUCCUAGACGCACAUCGCGCCAACCCACGUUAUUCUGCUGCUGACUUACGGCCGUUGAUACCCAAGUGCGCCGAGGAGAUGAAAGGCGAACCGACCAAUCUGCAGUAUCAGGCAUUUGGUGAUGACGACAGUGGCGAAGUUAAGUCACUUCAGAUAGGGCGAGAAAACUCGCUGGGAUCACUGCUGGCUGUUUUCAGAGACGAGACAGGUUUUGACAGCUACAAAGCAUACUACAGAGGUCGCCAGCUUGUCCCAAGCGAGAUGCAAGUGAGCAAAUCUCUACAAGACCUACGUAUGUGCGACGGCUUGGUUCUUUUGAACAAAGAUGUCGUCGCAUCCGAUAUGCCCAGUCACGUGAAGCCCGGAUCAUCGCGAAUCGAGAUCGAGAUCCUUGCUCAGUUUUCCGAGUUCUGGCAAUACCUGGCCAUGGAGGAGAGUAUCGCCGCCGAGACAUACAACUUUCUUCUACGACUUCCAGCCGAUGGGCAGUUGAUGCAGUGCUUGAGAGCUGACGGCACCAGAUAUGAGGACCAUUUCGUCCCUGAUCAGCCGUACCGACUACUAUAUACUAUUUUUGCUCUGAUGGAAAGCGUGAAAGAGAUAUCACCGCGGCAAACGAUCUCAUCGGCACGCUGCUCACCGACUACGACUGAAUCUGAGUCCUCCAUCAAUGGGGUCGGGAAGGCAUUACAACUACUUGCGCGUGGCCUGGAUGACCAGACGAUCAUUCAAGUACCUGGUCAUGUGAACAUACUAGUCGCAUCGAACUUGAUUUUCCAGUACAUGCGCCUUCUUGAUGCUGCAUUGCAAGAUGUUGUUUCUGCUCAGGUCAUUCCGAAACCUUCACCAAUCCGAUUGCUGUCGAUCUUGGACGAUGCAAUGAGCUCCCAAGAAGAAGAACUUCUGCAUCUCAGCGCCAAGUGCUUGUCUUUGAUCCUGAAAUUAGGAUUUGUCGAUGAGCAGUUCUGGCUGGCAGUCUCUGGUAGCCCUUUACUCGCAAAUCUGAUGCGCCGGAUGUGCGUCUUAUCCAACCAGAAGGAUUUUCGGAUUUUUUGCGUCAGCCAGAUUGAAGAAAUUACUAAGAAGGAGGCCGAAACGGCUGAGAAGCAUGGCCACAUUACGAAGUACUUCUGGAAUUGGGCGCUGGAGACGCUGGUUCUCAUCCCGGACUUGGGGGAAAAUUGUCACGAGCUGAUGAAGCUAAUGUGCUUUCUCGUUGUUCAAAUACGCUACAAGUGCUCUGAAAGCGUCGAUCUUGGGUCCUUGGUUCAGCAAUUGAUCAAGUACUUGAUAUCACACACAUGCACAGAGGAGAUAACCCAAGCUACACCCUGUGACUUGGUAGCCGAGGGGUUGGUAACUCUCCUGAAUCGCUGUCUCCAUUUGGAUGAGUCCCUUGCUCAGCACAUUCCACGCUCAUCGUUAUGUAGCGCUGCAAUUUUCUGUUUAAUGAAGGGGCUUCUCUUCCCACAGGAGCAGCACAGAAUGAACGAGUCUCUGCCGAAAAUCAUUCUGAAUCCUGAAAUCAGAGGCAAACUCUACGAAUCUAUCUUCCUGAAUCUACGCACUCAGAACGACCUGUUGUUCGAGACGAUAGAGUUCCUGGGCGAGAUGGUUCCCUUCUAUGCCAACAGUGGUACGUAUGGAUAUUCUUACAGAGCAAAUCAAAAAGCUGACAUACGAGUAGCGGAGCCGUACAUAUACGACCUUCCAUUUCAAUUCGAACAAGAGAAAGCCCUACGAUCUCCUGCCGGCUACGUUGGCUUGCAAAAUCUAUCCAACACGUGCUAUCUUAACUCACUCAUCACGCAACUGUACAUGAACCCUGGCUUUCGGGGCUACCUGAUGUCCUUUGAUGUAGGCGAAGCCGACGAUUCCAAAACACUCUUGCACGAAACCCAGCGGCUUUUCGUGUAUCUCCAAGAGAGCAUCAGUCGGUCGGUGGACCCAACUGCAUUUGUUGGCGCAAUCAAGACAUAUGAUCAGGGACCAAUCGAUAUUCACAGCCAGAUGGAUGUGGACGAGUUCUAUAAUCUUCUCUUUGAUAGGUGGGAGGCACAGCUUCCGAGUGCCACGGCGAGAAAGAAGUUCCGGUCAAUCUACGGGGGCCAACUCGUGCAGCAAAUCAAAUCCAAAGAGUGUGGUCACAUAUCGGAGCGACUUGAACCCUUUUCGGCUAUCCAGUGCGACAUCAAGGGGAAAUCGACACUCGAGGAUAGCCUGCGAGCAUACGUGGGCGGAGAGACUAUGGACGGCGACAACAAGUAUAAAUGUUCUUCGUGCGAUCGGCAUGUCGAAGCUGUGAAACGGGCUUGUUUAAAGGACGUACCGGACAACGUGAUCUUUCAUCUGAAGCGAUUCGAAUUUCAUCUUCAGACACUACAGCGCAGCAAGAUCGACGAUUACUUUGCCUUUCCUGACAGGCUUGACUUGCAACCCUACACAAUCGAGCACCUGAGCGGAUCGGCGCCCGAUGACAAGCAAGACAUGUUUGAGUUGGUUGGUGUACUCGUCCACGCAGGCACCGCCGAAUCUGGGCACUACUACUCCUAUGUGCGCGAGCGCUCAUCGGAUCAAGACACGACAUCAAAGUGGGUAGAGUUCAACGACGAUCAAGUUGGAAUAUGGAAUUAUGCGUCGGUAGAAGCAUCCACAUUUGGAGGUCCAGAGCGGCGCUCGGGAUAUGGAGAAAGCAGUCUACCACCAUUCGACAAGAGCUAUAGUGCUUAUAUGCUCUUCUAUCAGCGAAUAUCACCACGGACAGAAGCCGCUGAGACACAGCCAGCACCGAAAGGUGAAGGUGGCAAAAGUCUGUACACGGCCAAGGGCGAGGCUUUGAAGGACCAUAUCCGGACGGAAAACAUAUUGCUCCUACGACGUCACUGCCUCUUUGACCCAAACCAUGCCAAGUUUGUUCAGGCCUGUGUUCACCAGAGCCUCAGGCCUAAGUCAUCUCCUGAGGUCGGAUUAGAGCUGGACAGCCAGCUAGCGGAAGAAGCGAAGGCACCCGAGGUUCACCAGCUGGUUAUGAGCACUGCUAUGAGCUAUUUGGACCAGAUUUUCAGCCGCAGCAAAGACUGUUCCCACGCAGUCAUAUUCUGCAACCUGCUCGCCGACGUGGCUAUGACGCAGCAAGGUUGCGCCUGGCAGGUAAUUAAAUAUCUCCAAGGUCGCCCUGCUGUUUUGCGCUCUCUUUUAUUGCGAAACCCAGAAAGAAGCGUGCGAGUCGCCAUCGGCCAACUGUUUGUGAUUUGCUUACAAAAGCUAUCAAGCAGUUGUCCAGAGUUGUUUUAUGCUCAGACGGGCACAGCGACGCCGGCUAGUGACGAUGAAGACGAGGACAUGAAAGGUGAUGCCGCAGAACCCGAGAACAUGCUCUCUUGUGCGAUGGAGCCACUCAAUCAGCUCUGGAAGUAUUUCCAAAACCACAUUAGGUCGUGGGAUGAGUACUUCUCGACAAUCGUUCACGUGGCUCAGCUCGGGAGACAAGAGUGCGCAAUGGUCUUGGCUGGUGGCUACCUGGAGAAAUGCUUGAAAAUCAUCACUGCAGAUCGCUCCGUGCAAAUUGAGCCGAACUUCGUCAAAAUGUUGCAAAAUCUCUACAGACGGUUCAGCACACAGCCACCAUCAUAUGUGGCAGUCCUGGCUCUCAUUGCUCAUUUGAUGGACCAAUUAGAGCCAGAAAUCAGCCACGAGUCGAUUGUGGAAACCGCGGAUGAACGACUGACAGACACCAGUGGAUGCUUCCCGUGGACAUCAUCAGAAAUCACGUUGUUAUUGACACAUCCUGAGCGAGAGGAUACAAGCUUGUUCCUGGCACGCCUACUGGAAAUUAACCAAGGACCCGAGAUUACCAGGCGGAUCUUGGAGCGGGUAAUUCGUGCGGGUGAAAUACCUACUCGAAAACUUUUGUGUCUACUCGAGACAACAAUCCGAGGCGAUGCAUCGACAGAACCUCUGGAUGCAUACAUUCGUGCCGCAUUAAUAUUCGUUGACAGCUGCAGUGACGUGAGUGAUGCUCAGCAUCUGGUCCGACACAUUGGGAUGCAGGCAGCCAGCUUCGAGAGGGGCGAAGGCGGCGUAUUCCUGGAGCUGAUGCGGAGAGCGAUUGACAACAAACGGUCUGACGAGGAAGAGCGCGCUCAGUUGCGACGCUUGACGCUACAUACCAUACCCGAGUGGGCGCCAUAUCUGCUCCAGUAUUCCGACAGCCGAGUACGCAACGAAACGGAGCGCUUGGUGGACAUGGUAUUGUGCCUGCCGGUCGAGGUUGACUCCCCGAGUGCCGCCGAGGCGGCUGUACUAUCGUCGAACCUGGCAAGAGCCAUUGGCACGCGCUGUCUCACGUAUAUCCAAGACGCACAUAACCGGCGCCAAGUGUCGAUUGAACGAGAGCUGGCCGCGGUUCUGAUUCGCGUCGUGUCCAACUGUAGCCUGGUGGUUACUGCCAGCGAGACCCUGGACCAGCUCACCAAGGAGGAAUUCAUCGAAAGCCAGCACGGUGCGUAUUAUACCCCGUGA